AUCGUUUUGUACGGCCAGUCCAUCGGCAGCGUACCUUCAGUGGAGCUUGCCUCCAGGGUCACUGUUGGCGGCCUCAUCCUCCACAGUGCGAUGAAGAGCGGGCUUGGUGUCAUCCACGACGUCAAGACCACAUAUUGGUUCGACGUCUUCCAGAAUGCGGCGAGGAUGAAGAAAGUCACGUCGCCGGUCUUUAUCAUUCAUGGAACACACGACAACGAGAUUCCGUUCGACCACGGCCUCACUCUCUUCGAUGCUUGUCCCGAAGAGUACGGCUAUGAUCCCUGGUGGGUCAAAGAGGCUGGACAUAACGAUAUCGAAGUGAAUCACCGGUCAGAAUACUUCGAUCAGCUCAGAAAGUUCUUGAAGUGGCUGGACCAAGCAGACAGGAGAGCGGCGAAGGCUGCCAGCGGCUUUUCUGAAGAUGCAACCUCUGAAAUGGGCUGGCAGCCGCUCUUGGGCUCUAGCAACAACGCCAGGCGAAUGGGCCUGGGAGGCCUUCACACGAGCAGAUGA